CGAACUAGGAUUCAUGACCAAGUCCCUGAUAGGUCCAGUUGAGUACUGAACGCAAGCCACCGGCCGUCUAGAGCGAUAACAAGAAAAGGGGACGUGAAUCUUGACGAUCAGGUACAAACGUGGUAGUAUCAUGUGAAGUUGCAUGCAAGCAUACGUGAAAACAUCCCAGGUCAUGUUUGAGAAAGCAUUCAGGGCUCUCGGGUCUGUGCCACCAAGUCCGCCAAACGUGCGUCCGAUUCAAUGUUUGGAAUCGGACGUCGAAUCAAGUCAAAAGUAUGACGAAUUCCGGUUAUCGAAAAAGGUCUGAAUCCCAGAACGUUUUCCGUACACUCCUACCAGGCACACCAGUUGUCGCGGCGAUCAAGAAAAGAUGAGCUUUACAUCUGCUGCCCAUCAUGACUUCAACAACUUGACCGAUGACAGUACGAAGCUCGGCCACUGCCUACCACAUCUCCUUGAGCAUGUUGCAGAAACAUAUCUCACAAAUACUGCCGUCAUAUGUGGAUCGAGAGAAUUGACCUAUGGAGAACUCAAUCGAAGCGCAAACGUUUUAGCUGCGGUGCUAAGAAAUCGAGGCAUCGGUCGCGGUGACUUGGUUGGGAUUGCACUGGACCGCUCACUUGAUUUGGUAGUAGUGUUGAUUGCUGUGUUAAAGUCUGGCGCUGCAUAUUUGCCUAUCGAUCCGUCGUUUCCUACGGAACGAAUCCGCCAUAUCCUUGAGGAUGCCGAACCGAAGAUCGUCGUUGUCGGAGACGCAACACGAGACAUCUCACAGACAUGGGGUUACGCACGCCUAGAUCUCGAUGAAAUCAGAGAAAGCAACGAGAAACUUGAUGACAAGCCAUUCGAUGCCGACGCAGGACUGAGCGCGGAAGAUUUGGCAUACGUCAUCUACACUUCUGGUUCUACUGGAAAACCGAAAGGCGUGGAGAUUAGCCAUGGUGCUCUUUCGAAUCUGUUGCUUAGCAUGAAAGAAGAGCCUGGCUGUGACGACACAGAUCGACUGCUUGCCAUUACGACCAUCUCGUUUGACAUUGCUGCCCUGGAGCUAUUUGUUCCGUUGCUGAGUGGUGGAACAACAGUGUUGGCUAUGACACAUGAGACUAGACUUCCUGAAUCGAUUAUGGCCCUUAUACAACGGCACAGUAUUACGAUGAUGCAAGCUACACCUGCAACUUGGCAAAUGCUUCUGGACUUUGGCUGGAAGGGGGACCCUCGUCUCAGCAAGAUCCUCUGCGGUGGAGAAAAACUGAGUACCCGCUUGGCACGACGAAUGCUUCCAUGUGCGGAGGUUGUGUGGAAUCUUUACGGUCCAACCGAAGCGACUGUUUGGGCGAGCGCCUGGAAAGUGUCACCAGACGAAGAUGUUGUUAUUGGCCGGCCAGUAUCAAACUACAAGCUAUAUGUGCUCGAUGCCGAGCUCGCCGUAGUCCCGGCUGGCACAGAUGGUGAGCUUUACAUAGGAGGCGCCGGGCUGGCAAGAGGAUAUCGAAACAAGUCAGAGCUCACGAGAACGAAAUUUAUUCAUAACCCUUUCCAUGAAGGUCUGAUGUACCGAAGUGGCGAUUUAGCUCGUUAUGACGACCAGUUUAGAAUCACGGUGGUAGGCCGUGCGGAUGGCCAAGUCAAAAUUCGCGGUCAUCGAAUUGAGCUGGGUGAUAUUGAGGCUACGCUGAGUGAGCAUCCGAUGAUCUCGGAUGUGGUCGUCGUGAGUAAAGACGAGCGACUCAUCGCUUACUACAUCGCAAAUUCUAGUGGAAGGAAUCAAACUUCAAAGCUCGACAGCAUGCUUCGAUCAUGGUUGACGGAGCGCCUCCCUGUGUACUCAGUGCCAGCAUUCUUCGUAGUAUUGGAUGCCUUCCCAAUGACGCUCAAUAAUAAGGUCGACAGAAACUCGUUACCAGAUCCAGCGCACGCACUUCAGCCUGUAUUCACCAGGGAGAUAACGAGUGUAGAGUCAAGCGUUAGGCUCAUCUGGUCGAAGGUCUUGGGCCAUGAUCAGAUCGGCCCAUCAGACAAUUUCUUUGAAGUUGGUGGGAACUCUGUACUCGUAGUACAAGUCCAGAAGGAGUUGGAGAAACAUUUCGCGAGGCGUAUAUCCUCGGCUUUGAUGUUUGAGCAUUUUACUCUUGAGGCUCUGUCAACAUAUCUAGAGACAACCACCGCAGCAGACAGUUCGCCUACGAAGAGUAAUAAUCUCCAGGACUUGGAGAAACCCUGUAGAACAAACAAUAUUCACACCAGAAAACCCUCUCAGCGGCAUCCAGAUGGAGAUGAAGAGGCAAUUGCAGUGGUUGGAAUGUCAUGCCGGCUCCCAGGAAAUGUUUCUACUCCCCAGCAAUAUUGGGACAUUCUCGAGUCUGGUGCCGAUGUUAUCUCGGAGGUGCCGCGAGAUCGAUGGGACGCCGACGCAAUUUACAGUGAGGACCCUGACGCCAAAGGGAAGUCUUACUGCCGCCGAGGUGGCUUUCUAUCCUCGGUCGACCAUUUCGAUGCGUCGUUCUUUGGCAUAUCGCCGAGAGAGGCAACAAUGAUGGACCCAGCACAGCGCAUAAUGCUUGAAACCAGCUGGGAAAGCUUUGAGCGGGCUGGUUAUACGAUUGAAAGCCUACGCGGAAGCCAAACAGGGGUCUAUAUAGGUACAUGCAAUAUCUCUGCACAUACGACUGCGCCGCCUGGAGAGAGACUGGACGGCUACAACGUGACGGGUACCUCAUCUGGAACCAUGUCCGGACGAAUCUCGUACAGUCUUGGGCUUGAAGGUCCAAGUAUGACAAUCGACACCGCCUGUGCCAGUUCUCUGGUCACAACGCAUUUGGCUUGCAACGCACUUCGUGCUGGUGAAUGCGAUGUUGCAUUGUCUGGCGGAAUUACACUCCUCCUAAACCCUGGUAUGCACAUUGAGUUCAGUAGACUUCAGGGAAUAUCAAGAGAUGGGCGGUGCAGGGCAUUUGCGAAAGACUCUGGCGGGACAGGGUGGGCUGAAGGUUGCACCUGUGUCGUGUUGAAGAGAUUGCGCGACGUUAAACCUGGCGAGACCGUACAUGCGCUCAUUAAGGGGUCUGCAGUGAACCACGCGGGCCGAAGUGCUGCCGGAUUGACCGUGCCGAGUGGGUCUGCCCAACAGUCCUUGAUCCGUACCGCGUUGGCUUCCUCACAACUGGCCACUGAUGAUAUCGACUAUAUCGAGACCCAUGGCACAGGUACGAAACUUGGAGAUCCUAUUGAGGGGGGGUCGCUCGCAGCGGUGUUUGGCGGACGCAGACAGCCAGAGGGGCUUGGCGUACAGUCGAAAAGCCUCCCCCUAUACAUCGGAUCAACUAGUGUCAAAAGCCAAAUAGGCCAUACUCAAGCAGCAGCGGGUCUAGCCGGACUGCUCAAAGUUGUUUUGGCAUUGAAAAAUGGCAGAAUUCCGCGAACUUUACAUGCUACAGAGCCCUCUUUAGAGAUAGAUUGGCAGAGUGCGAAUAUGGAGUUAAUCCAGCAACCUAAGUCGUGGCCCGAACAGACUGGCCGACCUCGACGGGCUGGCGUAAGUGCGUUCGGCAUCGGUGGAACCAAUGCACACGUGAUCGUAGAGGAAUGUCCUUCGACAAGAGAACCACAGUCGGACGUGGUAUCAGCAACCGACUUUCCAUUCCUAUUAUCUGCCCAUUCAGAAAAUACACUCAUUGAACAGGCCGCAAAACUUGCACGCCACCUUGAGAGCACCAGCGACUUUGAUAGUGCUCGCCUCAGCUAUUCACUGGCUACCACUCGGACUCAUUUUCAGCGGCGAAUUGCCAUUCUGGCGAAGGACAAACCCACACUAAUCAAAGAACUUCGUUCUGUCUCAAAUUCAGCUGUUUCCACAACUACCAGUCAAAGGCCGUGCGUAGCAAUGCUCUUCGCAGGGCAGGGAAGCCAGUAUCUGGGCAUGGGUAGGAACCUUUACCAAGUAUAUCCUGUAUAUCGAAAUGCCAUGGACCAAGUCUUAUCACAUUUCACCUCAUUAGACGAAGGUAAAUCGCUAAGAGAAGUCAUGGAGGCCGUCCCAGGUAGCGAUGACUCUCUACUCAUAGAUCGUACUAGCUUCGCACAGCCAGCCCUUUUCGCGCUAGAAGUAGCUCUAUGGGAGCUUUGGAAGAGCUGGGGAGUACAGACAAAGCUGGCUAUUGGUCACAGUGUCGGCGAGCUUUCGGCUGCUUACUGUGCUGGCGUCUGGAAUCUAGCGGAUGCCUGUCGUCUCGUUGCUGCGAGAGGACGACUGAUGCAGGCUGUUCCUACUCGAGGCAGUAUGGUCUCUCUUGAGGCUAGUGUUACAGAGGUAUCAACAGCAAUCGUUGAGGCGGGUGUGGAUGGCUUGGUGAGCAUCGCAGGCCAUAAUACUCCCACGCAGACUGUGGCUUCCGGGGAUUCGGACGCCAUCAAAACCUUAAUUACCUACCUCAGUACGUACGACCGCACUGUGAAGAUAAAGCUACUUCCGGUCUCACACGCCUUCCACUCGCACCACAUUGAUAGCAUACUGGGAGACUAUCAAGCGGUUCUCGAUACUAUGCGGUUCUCUUCACCCACGAUACCAAUCGUGAGCACACUGACAGGCAAGCUAGCUCAGCCAGGCCAACUCGAAAGCCCCAGCUAUUGGGUAGCGCAGGCGCGUAGAGCUGUUUGUUUUGUUGAAGGAAUGCAAACACUGAGUCAGGAGGGCGCCAAUAUCUUCAUUGAAAUGGGACCGCAAUCAACUCUGACCGGGAUGGGAGCAGCUUGUCUUUCCUCCGACGAUUCUCUUGCCUGGCUACCAUCGCUAGCAAAGAGUGGCAGGUCAGUGAUACAGCAUACAGUUACACAACUACAUGUGCGAAGAGUUUCUAUAUAUUGGCAUGAGUAUUUUGGAUCGUUUGGUCGCUUUCAACCCGUGGAGUUGCCAACAUAUGCAUUUCAGCGAGACUACUUCAUUCCUUUGCGGAAUCAGGGGAGGGAAUUCUCCAAGCAGGACAACAACGCAAACGACCGAAGGCAACAGCAACGUACUAAACAUGAUACAAUGGUUACAGACCGCUUUGCCUUUGAAGUUUCAUGGCAACAACGAAAUCAGGAGCCGAUAACUCCUCAAAUUGGACUAGGAGGCAAAGGCUGCUCAUGGGGGUUAUUAUGUGGCCCUUGCAUGGACGGUGAACAACCUAUAAUGCCCCUGAAGCUAGCGUUAUCACUGAUGGGUAUACAACUACUACCAGUGGCGAACAUUUGCGAGGCUCAAACUCUACAGAUUGAUGGAUUAUUGUGUUUUUGGAAUUCCGGAACAAACUUGCCUAAAGCUCAGGUCCCCGACCAUGUUCAGAAGUUGACCUCGGCUGGACUGCUACAGCUACAGGAUGCAGUCCGCCUGCAGUUUCAGCCAUGGAUAGUCUGGGUCACACAGAACGCAAUAGGAGCUGGUGCUGAGGAUGAUGGAGUCUCGGGACUUGCGGCGAGCCCACUAUGGGGACUCAUGCGCACUGCUCGAAAUGAGCAUCCCGAGCUGCGUAUGCGUCUAAUCGAUCUCGACGUAAAUCCCCACGAUUUUACAAAUUCGAUUGGGUCUACGCUGAACAGUAUGCUCAAUUGUAAUGCAGAGCCAGAAUGUGCCAUGCGACAGGGAAGGAUUCUCGUCCCCCGACUGCAGCGGAUCGACAAGAGCUCAAUAAAUCUACAGCCAGAUCAUGAAAUUACGCUUCAAGAUGGAGCAGUGCUAAUCACAGGUGGUCUCGGUGUUCUCGGUCGUCACGUCGCCCGGUAUCUGGUGCAGGUACAUCACAUUCGACAUCUCAUCUUGACCUCGCGUCGUGGGAUGGAAGCCAAUAAUGCAUGCGCAACAAUUGAGGAAUUGACUGGACUUGGCGCGCAAGUCGCCGUAGUAGCAUGCGAAAUGGGCGAUCCAGAAAGUGUGAAGCUACUUCUGGCCAGCUUUAAUGACGCUGACUGCCCUCUACGUGGUGUUAUCCACGCAGCUGGCGCACAAGACAACGGCGUCUUCACAGCGCUGACACCACAGCGAUGUACCACGACAUUUGCACCCAAGGUUUCGGGGGCUUGGUAUCUUCAUGAGCUUACUCAGGCUAUGCAUUUAGAUUUCUUUGUAAUGUUUUCAUCUAUAUCUGGGAUCAUGGGUAUGGAGGGCCACGCAAAUUACGCGGCGGCUAACACGUUCCUUGAUGCACUCGCACAUCUUCGUCGUGGAAAGGGCCAACCAGCAAGUUCUAUCGCCUUCGGUCCAUGGACAGGGGACGGUAUGGCAUCCAAAAUCAUCGACUCGACACGUGUGCGUCUUAUCCAAUCUGGACUCAAUAUGCUUGCACCCGAAGAUGGAUUGGAACUGCUGGCCCAGGCGAUAUCGAAGCGGCGUACGCUGACUGUUGCUGCCGCGUUAGACCUGGAUCGACUACAGAGCUAUCACGAAGACCGAGGUAACAUACCGGGGCUACUACGCUCAUUAUUGCAACAGGGAGAGAAGAAGACUGUUGACCAAAGCCGGACCUUCAGUCAAACUAUAGCCCAGGCCGCUCGCCAGGAGCGACCUCACAUUACACUGAGCAUAGUACAAGAGACUGUUGCGAGUGCACUGGGCUUCACUCUACCAUCCCAGGUUGAUAUGGAAGCCACUCUGCAAGACAUUGGAAUUGAUUCGCUCACCGCAGUUCUUAUUCGCAACCGACUGGCAAAGCUAACGGGCUUGAGUUUACCUGCCAGGUUUGUAUUCCAGCACCCUAAUUUAAGAGCGCUCAGCAAUUUUCUGCUUUCCGAGCUAGAAGAAGAAAAUUCCUCUGCAUCUUCGCUGGACAAUUCUACACCGAAUACGACCCCAUCCUCGUCACAGCUAUGGCUCGACGUGGAGCCAAUGAAACGAGGCUGCCUUGAUGCUACUUUCACGUUUGGCAGCAAAGUCUCUACACCCCCGGAAACGGUAUUUUUGACGGGGGCCACUGGCUUCGUGGGCGCGUUCAUACUCCACGAGUUGCUGGAGCUUGGUGUGGAGGUCCAUUGCCUGGUCCGCGCUGAUGAUGAGGCUCAGGGACUACAACGUUUGCUCAGCACUCUGUCAAAUUAUAGUUUGUGGAACGACAAACACAGCUCGUUACUCCAUCCUAUCAUUGGCGACAUGGCAUUACCUCUUUUUGGGCUCACUGAAGACAAGUUUGCCGAGUUAGCAGAUAGUGUUGAUUCGAUAUGUCACUCUUCAGCAUAUUGCAAUUGGAUGGCUGACAUAGGAGAGUAUUUCGGCCCCAACAUUGUCAGUGCCCAUGAGGUUCUACGGCUGGCAGCACACGGGCGCGGGAAGGCUGUGCACAUGAUCUCCACGAUGUCUACAAUACCGAAGUAUCUAGGCUACGAUAUUAGAGAGGACGAUCCAGAGUUCGGAUAUGCAACUUCCAAAUAUACCGCGGAGAGACUUAUGGUAGCUGGGCGUUGGCGAGGUGCAAAAGUAUCCAUCUACCGCCUACCUUUCGUUUCUGCAUCGACUGCAACCGGACAUUUCCGUCUUGACCAGAAGGACUUUUUACACAACCUCAUUUCUGGAUGUUUGGAGAUGAGCAUGUUCCCCGAAAUUGACGCUGACUUGUCGUCUAUCAUACCAGUCGACUAUGUCUCCAGAACUGUCGCCAGCAUCAUGAUGAGAGAUACACAUCGGAUUGGGCAAGACUUCAAUUUCACGAAUGGCAGUGCUCUCAGUUUUAACCAGUUCUUCACUUUCAUUAUCGGCAAUAGCCCUGGGAUCGAGAUUGUUCCAUUUUCGACAUGGCGGAGCCAUGCCUUGCGAGAAGCUGCCUCAAACACGUCAAGUCUCAUAGCUCGGAUCGUUCCUUUGCUUGAAGAUGUCACUGAUGAUAAGGGGGCCUCGGCUAUGGUUUCCGGUCAUCCAGUGAUCGAGCCGAUUCUAGGAGUGAACGAUUUUCCGGUGCCAAUGGUUACUGAAGAAUCUGCAUCGAGAUACGCAAAGCAAAUCAGAAGUUCUCGGAAGCAUUUCUGUGCCUAUUGA